AUGUCUCAGAGACAAGUUCGUUUUGCCACUCCAGUCUCUUCGGAGGCUGGCGACUUGUUCUCUCCAGAUGCUGGCAACAUAUGGACCAGCGUCUUUUACAAUUCCAAUCCCACUCAAUGUCAUGGUAGUGUAUCCACUGAUUCCCCAGUAGAGGCACGCCCCGCAUUGCAGGAGGACCCCAUAGAUUGGUGGGGCACAUAUGUCCCCUUAGAGUCUUCACCUUAUAAACCCCUAUCGGGAAUGACUAACAUUUCCUUGGCAGUAUAUAAGUUACGUUCCAAGCUCCCCCAUUGUAAUGAAUAUCGGAGUGAUGCUUCAGGAAAGAAAGAGAAAAAUUACGAGAUGUGUUUUAAUGGUGACUUCGAUGAGGUUACAAGAAUGCUGUCCGACAUGUAUGUUGUUGAAUUGCUUCGGACCCCCAACUUUUUGACAGCUCGACAUUCCAAAUUGGGUGACAUAAAUGUGUCACCGCCAAGCCAAACAUCGGAAAAAGGAUAUGCAAGACCGGAAGAACUUCCGGCACAAUUAUCGACAUUACAUGAGGAUGUCCAAUCAACGCCACUGAAGUAUCAACCCUACGAUUGCGGAUGGGAUGAUUCCAUUUCGAAUGGGUCGGUACCACCUGAAGUGUCUUCGCCAACAGAUCCAUACAACUGCGGAUGGGAGGAUGCCAUUCAAGCUACAUCCCCAGAAGCUGUUAUACAGUCACAGGAAAAAUCAACAGAUACAAUAUCGGAAGAAGAACAUCUGGUCGAAACAUUGCACCCAACCAGUGACGAGAUAGUCGAGCCUACGAUUCAGAUGGAUGAUCCCUACAAUUGCAGAUGGGAUGAUCCGGUAAUCAAAGAGGUGGCGGCCCUGAAUGAGUCCUGGACACAAAAUCCUUACGACUGCAGAUGGGGGGAUAUCGUGGAUGCUACAGCCCUGCAAGCAACAGAAGAAAAGGAUAAAAUAUUGGACAUAUAUAAUGCGGCCGACUCACCUUGCUCCGAAAGAAUCGGACCAGUAUUUCCAACAAAUGAUCCUUAUGAUGCCAGAUGGGAUGAUCCCAUGGACGACUGUAAAGGCGCCCAAACAGCUUCUACGGCAGACUCGUACGAUUGCAUAUGGGACGAUACCACAGCCCCAGAAGAGGACAUUAUGCUUGAAGGUUCCACUGACAAUCCAUACAACUGCGGGUGGGACCUUUCGAUGGAUGCCAGGGCCCAUUCUCCGGAAAUGAUGGAGGGGGAUGCUGCAAACAAUUCUGACCAUGGGCGGGCAGAUGGCAUGGUGCAUUCGGAUCCUGGCAGGGACAGCACAGAUGAUCUUUAUGAUCUCGGAUGGGAAGACCCUAUGGAGGAAGCAAAGAUCAGGCGGCAAUCUAUAGAGCAGAUGAUGAGCAAGGAAAUGGAUGUGAUCGACCUAACCAUGUCCGAGGGAACGGAAGUUAUUGAUCUCACUUUGUCUCCAGCCAACUUGGUUGCAGAGAGGUCCGUGUCUAUACCUGGACCUAACACAUUCGAAGAAGUGGGAGAGUCCAUGCGCCAUGCGAUGCGAUGGCUCAACAGCAUAGGACAUAGUGAUUUCGAUAGAUUUGUUUGCAGCAUCGUCGCGCCCGAAACUAGACUUGUGUCUGACCCACGUCCAGCAACCACAUUCAUGGCCAACAGGCAUUUAUUUGGUGCAUACAUGGAGGCAAGAGAUCGGGUGACAGACCUUGGUGCAGACAUCAUAAACAUACAUUGA